AUGUCUUUAAAUAAUUCAGCGGUUUCAAGUGAGAUAGUCUUUCCUGUUACGGAAUUGUCAUCUACAACCGAGUCCUGCGUGUUCCGAUAUGACCAGGGCCCAGUGAAAGUGAAAGUACCGAGGAAGAGGGGUCGACCAGUAGGUUCUAAGAAAAUCUCUAACUCGAAACUACAGCAAGGCUUUCAUAUGACAGACAAUGACUUUUAUUUCGUCCACAUGGCCGGCGACAAUGUCAAUACUAUCAGCAAGGAAGCACGCACCACCAUUCGCAAACGUGUUAUGGCUAAUUAUAUGCACCGGAAACGAAAGUGGGAUGAAACGAGCCAUGAUCCUCUAAGGCUUGUGCGUGGAUUAGAGAGGGCCGAUCCAUUCGAUGCAUUCCCCAUCAAGCUCGAGGCGUAUAUGCUUGAUUUACUGAAGUAUUAUAUGACGACCAUCUGGAAAAGUUUCUAUACCAUCGAAAGUUUAACCUCAAUCAACCCCAUGACAGAUUACUGGAUCCCUUUGGCUUUCUGCGACGACGCCUUCUUACAUCUACUCAUUGGAUGUGCCGACUCCCAUAAUACGCGAGCUAUGCAUUUCGAGGACCGACCAAUUGCCUUGUGGCACAUGAAUAAAGCUUUAUCAAUUAUGAAGAUUCGUAUUGCUACGAUGCGGUCGGUGACAGAUGCAACGAUUGCUAGUAUUGCGACAUUGGCUUUUGUGGAGGUAUGUUAUUUGUUCUUCGCGUCAUGA